AUGGUCAGCACCCGUUCAACAGUGCAGAAAUUGAUUCCACUUGAUCCAGAACUUGAGCAGAAUUUAAGGAGGCGCAGAGAGCAAAAGUUGCAGCGGGUUCGUCCACUGCAGGGGACAUUUCUGGAAACAGUAUCUACUGGGGACCUGCACAACAAAGUAAAAAUGGCGUUUGUAAUUCCAGAGGCAGGUCUGCCCCUGGGUGAUUCACUGACAGCCCAUAUAACAAAUAUACCCAGUUGCAUUACAUAUCCGGCAGUGGAGGAAGGGACAUCAUUUGAAAUAAAACAGCACAUGUUGAAUAUUCUACCUACGUUUCAUGGGUUAUCAUCUGAUGAUCCUAACAUGCACAUUGCAGAAUUUUUAAUGGGGUGCAAAAACAUUUUGGUGAGGGGAUUUUCGGCUGAAUCUAUUAAGUUGCGGUUAUUUCCAUACACUCUAAAGGAUCAGGCAAGGAGAUGGCUCCUCACACUCCCAUCUGGAAGCAUUACAACUUGGGCCCAACUCAGUGAAAAAUUUUUAAACAAGUAUUAUCCGACUUCUAAGACCCUUGACAUGAGAACUCAGAUUUUAUCUUUUGCCCAAAAACCGAAUGAAGAGUUUCAUGAGGCGUGGGAGCGAUUUAAGGAGUUGAUUAGAAAAUGUCCACAUUCGGGUAUUAACACUACUGAUCAAAUGCACAUAUUUUUCAGAGGGUUGAAUAUGACUACAAAAACUCUUGUCAACGCAUCAUGCGGAGGUACUUACAAAGACAAAAAUGCACAAGAGGCUUGUUUGUUAUUUGAAAAAAUGGCAGAAGAUACUCAGCAGUGGGCAGUGGAGCAGCCACAAUCUAGGUCAGCUUUUGAGAUGUCUACUGGUUCUCAAGUUGCUGUACAGCAGUCCUUACAAUCUGCCUGCAGCAUUUGCAGUUUGACAAAUCAUGAUUUUUUGAGCUGUCCACAUAAAGAUGCUUAUCCAGAGUUUAUGGCGGAGCAAGUACAACAACAUGCUGCACCUAAGGCUGCUUGGGAAGUUGCAAUUGAAAAAUUAGCAAAUACUACCAGUCAAGAAAUCCAAAAUCUGCAUGCAUCAAUGAAAAAUAUGGAAAAACAAAUUGGGCAAAUUGCUUUGCGGGUUUCAGAAAGGGCACCAGGUUCAUUUCCUAGUCAAACAGUACCUAAUCCAAGAGGACGAGAGGAAUGCAAUGCUGUACACACUUUACGGUCUGGCAAAAGUUACAUCAGCAAACAUGAAAAUUCUGUUGAAAAUUCGCAGGCAGCAGAACUGCCUCAACCUAAAUCUGCAAAUUUUGCAGAUUCGGAAAUUUCUGUAGAUUCUGGGCAGUCUCAAGACAGAUCCGAAAAUACUGCAGAAGCUACCACAAAAACUGCAGAACGUGUUUAUGAGCCUCCUAUGCCCUACCCAGAAAGGUUGAAGCCUAAAGCUAAAGAUCAACAGUUGACAGAUUUUAUGAAAACUCUGGCUAAGGUUCAAAUUAAUCUUCCAUUAAUUGAUGCAAUCAAGAACAUUCCAUCUUAUGCCAAUAGUGCUUUAAUUGAUUUAGGUGCUAGUGUAAACUUAAUGCCAUAUUCUGUUUUCAAACGUUUAGGUGAAGGUGAGCUGAUGCCAACCUCCAGUAUUAUUCAAUUGGCUGACCGUUCAAUUACCUACCCUAGAGGAGUCAUUGAAGAUGUUAUUGUGAAGGUUGACAACUUAUAUUUACCGGCUGAUUUUAUGGUGUUGGACAUGGAUGAGGAUUUGACAACGCCCAUUAUUUUGGGCCGCCCAUUUCUGGCAACAGCUCGGACUCUUAUUGACGUUGAAGCCGGAACAUUAACAUUCCGGGUUGAAGAUCAAACUGUUAUUUUCAAGUUGUUUGAAGCAAGCAUACAUUCAGGUGACAAGCAAGAAUGCAUGUGUGUUGAUGCAAUGGAUGGUUUACCAAGUGCCAAGUUUAUGAACAGAUCAUCAACUGACCAUCUGUCCAUAAAGCCCCCGAAUUUAACUCGGGAUUGUUCAAGUCCUAAACCACAGCAGCAAAGGGUGAUACAUGAAGACCAGCCAAUUAACACUAUGAAAAAAUAUGAAAAUUUUCCAAGCAGCUCGAAUUUUAAGAAAAUACAACCUGGUAAAAAAGUGUGGUUAUUAAGUUCAGAUUUCAAGUUAUUUCCAGGGAAACAAGAGUCUCGAUGGAGAGGCCCUUUUCUAGUUACUAAAGUUUUUCAGAAUGGUAGUGUGGACAUUAAGGCUAAGGACAUAGAUUUCUCAUUGAAGGUGACCAAACAUCAACUAAAACCAUGCAUAGAGAAAUUUGGUGUAGGCAAGUCUUUGACUCUGAAAGCACCAGUGAUCUAG